UCAACCGGUUCCAACUUUCUGCCUCCCAAACUUUCCUACAAGAAUCUCUCAAAGCUAAUUGCUUCCACCUAAAACGCUCUCAUUCCUGCAUUUGCUAUAAAAUCCUCUGCUUUACAUGAGACACGAAAGAGGUGGCACCAUGGUUGCAGAACUCUCAAUACACCGACCAACUUUUGGUUCUCUCUUGCAUUCAGAUCCUGCUUUUUUUACUAAUCAAGAAGAGGACGAUUCUAGCAACAAAAACAGCCCAACCUCUGGCAACAUGAGUCCUGGAUAUUACAAUGGCAGCACCCCACCGAGUGGCGAGGGCUCUCCUUACCUCUCGCCAUGGAACCAGCUAUCUCCAUACACUAAAUCUCCAUGGGUAAUACCAUCUCCAGUCAACCAUAGCUUCUCUAAGAAUGGCCUUGUUGGAUCCCUUGCACGUGAAGAAGGCCAUGUUUAUUCUCUAGCUGCUUCUGGUGAUUUGCUAUACACUGGCUCUGAUAGCAAGAACAUACGUGUAUGGAAUAAUUUGAAGGAGUUUGCUGGGUUUAAAUCCAACAGUGGCUUGGUUAAGGCCAUUGUUAUACACGGUGACAAGAUUUUCACUGGUCAUCAAGAUGGCAAGAUCAGAGUAUGGAGGGCAUCUUCCCGAAAUCCUAGUGCUUACAAACGAGUUGGAACCGUACCAACUCUUAAAGAUUACGUCAAAAGCUCUGUGAACCCCAAGAACUACGUAGAAGUUCGUAGACAUCGCAACGUUUUGCGUAUCAAGCAUUUCGACGCCGUUUCAUGCCUGAGCCUGAACGAAGAUCAGGGUUUAUUAUACUCAGGAUCCUGGGACAAAACCCUAAAAGUUUGGCGAACUUCAGACUAUAAAUGCCUCGAAUCAAUUAACGCACACGACGACGCCAUAAAUUCAGUCGUCACCGGGUUUGAUUCGUUGGUGUUUACCGGCUCCGCUGAUGGAACAGUAAAAGUGUGGAGAAGGGAGCUUCAAGGGAGAAGAACCGGGCACUUCUUGGUUCAAACACUGUUAAAACAUGAAAACGCGGUAACAGCGCUCUCAGUAAAUGAAGAAUCAAUUUACUGCGGAUCAUCCGAUGGGCUGGUAAAUUUCUGGGAACGUGAAAAGCACUUGUCACAUGGUGGGGUCCUUCGAGGCCACAAAAUGGCCGUCCUAUGCCUGGCGUCUGCUGGUAAUUUGGUGUUUAGUGGGUCCGCCGAUAAAAGUAUUUGUGUUUGGCGUAGGGAGGCUGGUGGGGUCCAUACUUGCCUGUCAGUUUUAACUGGUCAUGGUGGUCCGGUGAAAUGCCUGGCCGUUGAAGAAGAUCGAGAAUCUGAUAAAGGAGAUCAACAUUGGAUAGUGUAUAGCGGGAGCUUAGACAAAUCUGUAAAGGUCUGGCGCGUGUCGGAGAACGCCCCAGAGUGGAGGGGGGAUCAAUCACCUAGAUUGAGUUCCUCUUCACCGACCCAAAGCAAAAGACGAUAUCAUGGCUAGACUGUAUUAUUGAUCAUGACGCGAGUUGAAUGAGACUACAGGUUCACGCGAACCGGGGACCCUGCAGCUAUGCCGUGGAGCGAGGGUUAAAGUGGUGCUAAUCAAUUCAUGGAUCACCCGAUUCUGGGGACCAAAUUGCUUGGAUGGUUGGGCUUCAAGACAUGAACAUCCAUGGUGUUGACGGCUCAGACAUGCACGUAGUUAAGGGAAGCUAUUCAUUAAAGAAGGCCUCCAUCGAAGAAAUUGAUGCUGCAUGCCAACCUUGAUUUCAGUUCAAGGUCUUAUCAGAUGUUUAAGCAGGCAUGCAGGGCAAAUAACCAGGUGUCCCUUGAGUUUACAGGAAAUGUUUUGUGUGUUCUGUUGAACUUAAUUUGAAAGGGCCGUGAUUUGUAAAUAAUAAUAGUAUAAUUAUUUUAAAAUUUUUGGUUA